AUGGAAGCCAUACCAGAGGCCAGCGAUCCCACCAGGCUGGCGCUGAUCACACGUCUGGCCCUGUCCACGAAGAAACAUGAUGUCGAUUCGACUACUUACGCGCUCGUAUGGCUUUCAGAUAUCUCGCAGCUUGAAUGGAUGGUGGAUAGGUCAAUAUCGAGUCUUUACGAGAUCCAGGAGAUUCUGAGUCAAUAUAAAGGGUAUCAACUUCGUGAUUGCAUCAAAGACUGGGCCACGGCUCCCUGCACUUGGUACAAGGGCAAAACAGAAACUGAGCUGUUUGAGCUGGGUUGGCAGAAACCUCUGGGACUUCCUCUCACCUGUCCUGAGCCACCUACAUCCCGUGGACUCACCCGAAACUCGUAUGUUGCAGUUGGGCCUACGGUCCGAAAAGUCCCACACUUGGAUGGUGUUCCAGCUGAUGUCGUCCUCAAAAGAACCAUGGAAUACAAUUGUCUUGACAGAGAUGAAGAACAGUGCAUCCUGACAAAAUGCGGCGAGCCACUUGGGCUUGUAUACAUCUACGCAGGGUCCCUGGGAGAGGGAAAGAAUCUCAACGAUAACACCGAAGAGGAACCUGAAAUUGGGAGUGCGUUCGAGUAUUAUAUGACUUGCUGGAGAUGGAUAUAUCUUUUCUGGAAUGAGACAAAGGUCUCAGGGUGGCAACAGGCUGUCGAUCGUCUUACACAAUAUCGUCAGCCCUGUGAAGGCAUGAUCACCCUUUCUUCCAAUGCCCACGCACUGUGGCGGAUGGCCCGAUUUGCUCUGAAGCCCAUCGAAGUAUCCGAGGAUGAAAAGAAGAUGACGCUGCGAUUCUUUUGGCUUCCAGUUGUGCACAACCCGAGACUUAGAUUGACGGACCCGCCAGUCUACCCAUCAAAUCUCAGCGGUGCCCCCAACAGAGCAAAAUUGUGGAACUACGAAACAAACAAAGAGGUUUGCUCGGGAGACAUCAUCACCAUUACCACAGAGGACCCUAAGAACAAUCCAUUGCCAUCCAUGGCACUUCUCGAGCUGCAAUGGUGUUUGACUCGGGUUCUGGCUCUAAGUGGCGCAGCGGAAUUCCCAAAUAGUGAAGUCUUUGAUGAUAUAUCAGAAGAAGAGAAGGAACCUGAGGUGAAGCAGGAGACCCCAUCGGACGUGGUUCGUGAUAGCAUCGAAGAUGAGAUGGACUCGAACGAUCCGAACAAUGAAAACUGGACCCCAGAUGAUCUGCCGAGCCUCACCACAUCUUCAGCGGAGGAGGAACGAGGAAGAAAGAGAGUGCGACAUUCAUGA